CCCAGAUACAAGGAUCAGGAGAUGAUCCUCAUCUAACUGAAAUUUCAAAGCGACCAAAACUGCCCAUUUCUACCAAAGAAGAAGGCUCACCUCCCAAAUCCUAUGUGUGGUCCACAUAAAAGCCCAAGUGCCCAAAAAUCAACAGCAACAACAACAGCCAGCCCAAGUGUCUCUCACUAGCGAUAUCAACAAUAAUUACAAAGAGAGAUGGAUAGGUUGAUAAGGUUGGAGCCAUCGAACCGAGUCGCGGUCCGAGUUGAACUGGGGCAACGUUGCUAUGGUGAGCUCACGUUACGUAACGUCAUGUACACCAUGCCUGUCGCGUUCCGUUUGCAACCCAUGAACAAGAACCGAUACAUGGUGCGGCCGCAAUGUGGAAUCAUCUCCCCUCUCGCCACGCUCACUGUAGAGAUCACAUACAUCUUGCCUCCUAAUUCCACUCUGCCUGAUUCGUUCCCUCACUCGGACGAUUCUUUCCUACUGCAUAGUGUUGUGGUGCCCGGUGCAGCCGUUAAGGACCCAACCUCUACCUUCGAUUCGGUCCCUCAUGACUGGUUCACUACCAAGAAAAAGCAAGUGUUCAUUGACAGUGGUAUCAAGAUCAUUUUCGUAGGCUCACCCAUCUUGGCUCGACUCGUGACCGAUGGCUCAAUGGAUGAUCUCCGUGAGGUGCUGGAGCGGAGCGAUGCCGCAUGGAAAGCCGCGGACUCGAUCGACGAUCAUGGCCAAACAUUACUACACAUAGCCAUCGCUCGUAGCCGUGCAGAUCUCGUCCAGCUGCUUCUAGAGUUUGAACCGAACGCAGAGGCUCGGAGCCGAGCUGGGCAGACGCCGCUCGAGGCUGCAGCUGCGGCUGGGGAAGCCUUGAUCGUGGAGUUACUGCUUGCACGGCGUGUGAGCACGGGCAGAUCGGAGUCGUCUGCAUGGGGUCCACUGCACUUAGCAGCGGGAGGUGGGCACCUGGACGUCAUGCGGCUCCUGUUGCUCAAGGGGGCAGACGUGGACACGCUAACCAGCGAUGGGCGGACUGCGCUGCACCUUGCGGUCGAGGAGCGGCGCAGGGACUGCGCACGCAUGUUGCUAGCCAGCGGUGCGCGAGCUGACAUCCGCGGAUCGGCUGAUGGUGACACACCGCUACAUGUAGCCGCGAGCAUGGGCGAUGAACACAUGAUCAAGCUUCUGUUACAAAAGGGCGCCAACAAGGACAUACGCAGCCGGGUCGGCAAGACGGCUUAUGACGUAGCGGCCGAGUGUGGGCACACUCGGCUUUUUGAUGCACUGCGUCUUGGGGACAGCCUCUGCGCUGCAGCACGCAAGGGCGAGCUACGAGCGGUGCACCGGCUCCUCGAGAAUGGUGCAUUGAUCAACGGCAGGGAUCAGCAUGGGUGGACUGCGCUGCACCGGGCAGGAUUCAAAGGCCGUGUGGACAUCGUCCGGACUCUCCUAGACAAGGGUGUCGAUGUGGAUGCUAGGGACGAUGAUGGGUACACGGCACUACACUGUGCGGCCGAGUCGGGCCAUGCAGAGGUGAUAGAAUUGCUAGUGAAGAAGGGUGCCGACGUCGAAGCACGCACGAACAAGGGUGUGACGGCUUUGCAGAUUGCCGACUCGUUGCAUUACACAGGGAUUGCACGUGUGCUCAUGCAAGGCGGGGCAGCCAGGGACGCAGCGGCUCCAUUAACGACACCUGCUUCACUCCCAUUAGGUGGUGGCGUGGGCCGAGAGAGGGACUCCGGCCUUAAGAAGAAGGCGCACCGGGCGAGCACCCUUCGAAGUAGCUUCGACAGAACGUUGCCAUUAGCAUGCUCUACCUAGCACGUGCGGUACCAUCCU